AAAUAAUAUAUCAACAACGCCUCCGCUCGCCAGAAGACGCAGCAACCCAGCCAUAUCAUGAACUGCGACGGCGCCGAGAGCUCUAGACGGUGUCUGUGACGGUCGUCAAUUGGGAGUGCAAGUCGAUAGCUGCUCGUCUUGUUCCGGCUCUUCCAGCGCAUAUAAACCGGCCUGUCUCUAUCUACUUCCAACUACACCGACUCCCGACUUUCUACACCUCGAAGGCAGGUAAUGCUGCCAGUGACAGGCUAAGACUAUCGACUCUACGCUGCUUGCUUUAUUACUUCUCUCUAGACUUGCGGUUGAGACACUACAGGUUGCAGACAUGGCGUGCAGGGCGGCGGACGACAGCUUCGUGGAGCGAGAACCAUCAAGACAUGUUGACUAUCUGUCGCAUUCCUGGCGCGAGGAGGACGUCUGGAGCUCGUGGAGAUACAUCGCGGCCAGAAAGGACGAGUACGAGAGUGGGCACAGGCUGGAGAACGCUGCAUGGCGUUCCUGGGCAAGGAUACGAUUCGGUCUCGGGUGGUUCCCUGCGGAGGCUCUGAACUGGCAAAAGGACAUCGAUGUCACUUGGCUGUACGGCCCGCUGCAGGUGCCCGGAGACGAGACAGACGACCGGUCGAGUACUGCGUCGCCGACUCCCUCCUCUCCGGGGACGUCGAACUCGUCACUUAUCGAUAAAAAGCCGAUCCUCAAGAAGCGGACCAUUUCGCAAUCAAUACUGCAGCGGCCUCACUCCACCCACACGUUUUUGCGUCUGGCCAAUGCUCUGAUCAAGGCCCAGGACGGUGCAGAUGGCCGGUACAUCGCAGACUACCCCGUCUCCCGCCAGGAGGUCGAGAAAUCACUUGGCCUACCCUCAGAGAGCUCCGUGUCAAACUUCUUCUUCCAAGAGAGCCGGGGGGAUAUGCCGGACAAACGGCAUAUCAGCUUCAGCAACGAGGUUGCACAGUGCGUUGCCGUCGAGGAUGACGAGGAGCCGUUUGACGGAGAGUACUACGGCUACUACAGCCAUGCUCCGGACGGCUCUGUGGUAGAAGAAGACGAAGCCUCCGACGACGGCGUCGUGAUGGCAAGGUACUACCCGGAGAGACCUCCUCUCAGCUUCCAGAGCACGCCACGAAGCAGCUUCAGCAGCGAUAGCAGGAUUAUCGCUCACUUGCCUUCCACCACCCUCAAGUACCGACCCGAUACCCCAGAGCCCAAACAGGAGACCCCGCGGCCCGUACGACCUACCUUGUCUCGCUCAUCUUCAGCUGAAACCCUCCGUCCGUCAAACUACCAUGCUGCUGCUGCCAGAACGUCCUCUCACGGAGACUUCUUCCUGGACGAGGAGUACGGAGCGGACGAGGACUGGAAUACCGGCUGGGACACCGAUUGGAACGCCCAGCAGUCAUCUUCUAUGAACCAGACAUCAUCAUCUCGGUCUUCAUCUUCUACUAUUACCACUUCUGCAUCUCUCCCUUCCCUGGCAAGUCAAUGGUUCAGCAACUCAAAGGCCAAGGCUUCUAUAAGCGAGGAAGGGAAAUAUUACUCUUCCUCCGGCGUCUUCAUGCCAUUUGGCUAUGGCGACAACAGUCCCGAUGGAGACUACGAAUGGCCCGAGGAGACUGAAGAGACAAACUCCAGCCGAGGCGUGAUCGAUCGAGUAAUCGACACUGUCAACACGGCUAGAGAUAUUGCACAUGUCAUAUGGAACGUCGGCUGGCGCGGCUGACUCACCGACCUAUAUGCCCGGGCAUGCAUACGGCCCAUCUCCAUGGUUCCAUACGGCUCCAGAAGGGAUCAGGUUACUGCCCAGCUACGACAUCUCCUCAACCGAGCUGGCUGACCACGACAUCCCACCCAUGUCUUGAGUCAAGACAUCAAAUCCCGCCGACAUCUACAGCCUGUCUAUUGAUAUAUCUUAACGUCUACACGUUUUACACUAUCAUUAUCUACGGAGGCUGGGCUACUUGACUACCCUCAAGUAGCACUAAUCCCGCCAAUCCACUGGACGGACGGCUACUCCCUGUUCAACACUAGCCUAACAGCCUACGGGAAGCAUCACACCCGUUCUUACGCUUGAUGGCGACGAACAGCCAAUACAACUACCUGCUUUAAUGGCUCUGACAUCAAAGUCAACCAUCUCUCUCGUUCAUACAGAGACAACAGGUCCGUUUCUUACCAUAAAAUCCCGCUACUAUCGCCGUAUCGGAGGAAGAAGAGACAGAUACAAAUAAAAAAAAGUGCUUGGAAAUAGAUCUAUCUAUGAAGUUACGAAUGACGCAUGACCGCAGACCCUACUUAAUUACCUGCCUGUCUUUUUUUUUUUUUCCCUUCAUGGAGCUUGAAUACUACUAAUUACUCUAAUUAUAUUCCUUGUUCAUUUUAUAUCUUGUCAUAGUUGUAUUGCGUAGAUUUGGUAGACUUGCUGGCCCCCUAUCCUCCUUCUGUCCACCAACACCCCUAAACACAAGCACAAACACCGCUGCCUGGACAUCCCCCAUGUCUAUCAUCCUCUGUAACCCCCGAAUCAACGUACCAUCGCCUCUAAACUGGCCUUCUCCUUCAUCGUCUCCUCUAUCAAUUUCCCCAGUCGGCAUCAUGUGACUGUCCAGGGGGUCAAAAAAGCGCAAAAGAAAAGAAAACACUCGAUUUCGGCGCAAAAAGCCAGCCAGCAAAAGCUGAGAUUCAUCUUGUUUACACCCAAUAUCACCAGCAUUAAUGCCCUGGACGCAGCCAUUGGGACCCCACAGCAGCGCCAGCGACCUCGAGGAUCCUGCUGUGCGCCCUACAGGAGCCCCCUCGACGCUG